AUGUCCGCCGAGCCGGCCCCGGCCGCCGCCGCCCCCGAGCCCGAGCAGGCCCCCGGCCCCGAGCCGCCGGCGGGCGGCGGGGAGGCGGCCGAGCACCGGGCGCUGGUGCUGACGGGCUUCGGCGGCUACGAGAAGCUGAAGGUGCAGGCGCGGCGCGGCGCCGGCCCGCGGCCCGGGGAGGUCUCCGUGAGCGUCCGCGCCUGCGGCCUCAACUUCGCCGACCUGAUGGCGCGGCAGGGCCUGUACGACCGGCUGCCGCCGCCGCCCGUCUGCCCCGGCAUGGAGUGCGCCGGCACCGUCCGCGCCGUCGGCGAAGGCGUCCGCGACCGACAGGUUGGCGAUAAGGUAAUGGUCCUGGCUCGGUCAGGGCUCUGGCAAGAAGUCGUGAAUGUGCCGGCCAACCAGACUUUUCCAAUGCCUGAGGGGAUGAGCUUCGAGGAAGCAGCUGCUCUUCUUGUCAACUACAUCACUGCCUACAUGAUCCUGUUUGACUUUGGAAACCUGAGACCCAACCAGAGCGUCCUCAUCCACAUGGCUGCAGGUGGUGUGGGAACUGCUGCCAUCCAGCUGUGCAAGACUGUAGAAAACGUCACCAUUUUUGGCACAGCAUCUGCCUCCAAGCACGAUUCCCUCAAGGAGAGUGGAGUUGCUCACCCCAUCGACUACCGAACGAUGGAUUAUGCAGAGGAGGUGCGGAAAAUCUCUCCCAAAGGUGUUGACAUUGUCCUGGACCCGCUGGGAGGAUCCGACACAACCAAAGCGUUUAACCUGUUGAAGCCAAUGGGCAAAGUCAUCACUUACGGGGUAGCAAACCUGAUCACUGGGCAAAAGAAGAACCUCGUGGCUAUGGCUAAAACCUGGUGGAACCAGUUCAGCAUCAAUGCCUUGCAGCUCCUACAACAAAACAAGGCAGUGUGUGGCUACCACCUGGGAUAUAUGGAUGAAGAAGUUGAGCUUCUCAGAAGCGUUGUAGCCAAGCUGGUUAACCUGUACAGUCAAGGAAAAAUCAAGCCUAAAAUAGACUCUGUAUGGCCCUUUGAUCAGGUGGCAGAGGCCAUGAGGCAGAUGCAAGAAAAGAAGAAUGUUGGAAAAGUCAUCCUGGUUCCUGAAGCACCGAAGGAAGAAUCCAAAAAAGCAGAGAACUAAAGAAAAGAGAUGUAUGCAGAUUAUGAAUUCAUGGUUUAACUCCCUGAACUCUUUGGGACCUGAAAAUGGACAGAUCAGUAGCUUCCAUCUUCACCAGUACAAGAACAUCAUGGUUAUCAUUCAGAUGAGGUUUGCAUGCUCUUGUCGUGACUGACCCUUUGCCAGAUAUGCCUCCUGCUCUCUCUUUUGAAGGCUGUUUAUUUUGUACGGUUUUCUAAUCACUUGUUUCUCUACUGAAUUUCCAAACUAACCUUAUUUUUCUCACAGUGCAGCUGAAGCUUCCAGGCAGUUGGUGACUAACAACUGCACAGCCUGUCACUGUAAAGUCAUGGCCAAAUGUACUGUAGCAACUGCCAAGUAUCUCUGCAGAAACUGAGCCCUGAUGAAGUGUUCUCACUGUCACCUUUGUGAAGCCUGUUCAGCAGAGAAUUGGCCAAAUGUAGGGUGUUUCCUCCACAGCCAAAGGAAAGCACAGCUGGCCUCGUUUAAUUCAAGCAGGGGUUUCUCUUCUGUUCACACUAGCCCUGCUCUUUCCCCUCUGCUUUUGUAGGCCACUAACACAGUCAGAUAGUAGCAACUCCUGUUGUCUUUGCCUUGACCAUCCUGGUUAAUUUGGGGUCUGUGGCAUACCGUGCUUGAUUUGCAGUUACUUCUCUUUGCAGUCAGCAAAUACCCUGACAGGCUGAGCUGGGCUGUGUCUCAAUACAGAAGAAAAGUUUCAAUUGGGUAACUUGAUCUUGUCCAUUUUCUGUUUCCAAACUGGAUAGAGAGAUCUGAACUGUGUCUGAUUCUUGGAGACCAUAAGGACUCAACUGUGUCAAACGACUGGAACAAUUGAUGUUGGCUCUGUGCUUUAUUAUGUUGGGCUUCAAGUUGGUAUUGCUAAGGCUAAACUUCACCCUCCUGUUUGUGUUUCCAAGGGCUGCAGUGUUGAAUUGGACUUCAUUGAGAUGGGAACACUCACACCAGCUUGGGGUUCAGUGCUGCAGUAGGGCUUGACUCUUCUUCCUGUGAAUCUUUGACUCAUGGGACCCUUGGGCUCUCUUCCAGCACUGAGGGUUUAGGAGCUGACUGUGGUGUUCCUCCUAUAGCAGAACUUUGUUUCUCUUCUGCUUUUCUUCUGUGCAUUUGAAAAUGGAGCUGUGCAGAGAUCCAAGCCCAGUUCUGUGAGCACCUUGAGUCCUGGGUGGUGCUGUGCUUCCCACUGGACCCUGCUUGUGGUCCCAGGCAACUCUGGUGCUGUUGGUACUUGCUUUUGAGGCUUUGUCAUGGAUUGUAGGUGCUGUGGGCUUUUGGGCUUCAUUUUGGAUUUUAAAAGGUAAACCCAAGGGCACCAAGAAGAGCUGCUCAUCAUGGAAGAACUCAGGCUUCAGGAGCAAAACCUUGCAACCAGAAGUCCUGCUUAACCAGCCCCCAGGCAGGGCCCAGGGCCCAAGGAGGGCGGGUGCAGGGCCCCACACACAGCCCCCCUGGCCCCUGAGAGAGCCCACGCAGGGCUGGGGGUCCUGUGCAGGGGAGGAGUGUGGCUUCUUCCUCAGCCUGCUCUGUCCUCCAGCAGGGCUCCUGUCUAUCAGUGCAGCUUGUAGUUCAGGUGCUUGGGCUCAGUCCAAAGUUCUUUAGAAAUGCAUAGGCACAGCUUGCCUGGCUAACUUUAAAUAUUGAAACAACCCUGUUCCCUACAACUUCAGAGGAGUGCUGGAGCCUUCUCACAGAUCCUUGUCAGUUCAUCUCUUGAACUUCAUAAAUAUGGGCUGAUGGAACUCGCAAGCACAACUUCUUAUCUUUCUGAAUCCAAAAUCUUGCUGCUUCUUUCAAUCUGCCCUGUCCUGCUAAUUUAGAUUAAAUCCAACAGUGUUUAAUGCUGCUUUACUAGGUCUGACAACAGGACUGUCCAAAUUGCUGAAAUGGAAAGUCUGGACCUGUUCCUCUGAGAAACUGGACCUUACCUUGAUGACAGAGCAGCGUGCUCAAAUGGCACCCAACCCUGCACAUCUUCAGGUUCUACUCACUGGUGAAAAGGAAAACUAUCCCAGUGUGUUUCACAGUAACAUCCUCUCCCUGCUUUACUCUUGGGUCAAGCACGUGCUCAGUGCCUUACUGAUGGCCUUGGGUUGGGUGUUGUGGCCCAGGAGCCUCACAGCUUCCUGUCAGACCCCCCUGACCCACAGGAAACAGCAUCUCAGUGCCUUCUGCUACAUGACUAGGAAGUCACUGGAGCCUUUUCCAUUCAGGCCAGGUAUAUUGCCAAAAUCCUGUUUUGACUCUUGCUAGCUCUCUUUUGUGAACACUGGUGAUGUCAUUGGAAUUUCUGUGAACAAGCUGUACUCUUCCCAGGUGUUGUAGCCUUUCCAGGGCUGUCUUGGUGGUUCUGUGCUCCCCAGUCCAGAAGACCUGUUGUAGAGCCCUUGUCUCCCCCAGGGUGGCUGUUUGGCUCCUGGCAGUCCUCGAGUGAGGCUUUAUCUGCUGCCCCGGCCUUGGCUCUCUGGGAACAAUCCCUAUUCCUGUAUCUGCUCACGUGUCUCCUGCAUACAAAUUCCUGAAGCCCUUAUCGGGGCAGGAAGAAUGCCAAGCAGUUACUGUGUGUUAGAAUUCAGCACUGGCUGUUUUGUGUCCCUUGGUAGCAACAGUGUUUUCUAUAGAAAGACCAAGAUUAAGUGUAACCUUGCUCUCCUCUGCCCCUGCUCGAUGCUCUGCUGUGGGUGGGUGCUGUUGGUUGUUUUUUGAUUUUGGUUUUUUACUCUUUUUUUUAUGGGACAAUAGGUAUAGAAUCUACAUAAAACAACUUCAAGGGUCUUAAUCAAGUUAACCAGCAGGUUUGUAUACAAGGACCAAAGUAAAAAACCAAAAACAAACACUAGUAUAAAAAUCAUUCCACUCAACGUUGCUUGUUUAGGGCAAAGCUGUGCUAGUGAGGAAGUGGGAGAUUCCUGUCCUUAAUCACGUGUGCCAUUCCAGCUAUCAGAAGUGCAAUUUAAUGUUUAUUUUACUGAUUGUCUGACUCUAAGGUUCUCCCAUGAGGAGUACAAGUGGAAAGUGUGAGUAAGGGGUUGAUGAGCAGAGGAGGGGUCCCCGGCCCUGCCUGCCACAGGGGGCUCGGCAUGGGGUGCCUGUGCAAGUGCCUCUCCUGUCAUUGCUGCAGUGGCCUCCCAGGCAUAAAGGGCAACUCCUUUGCUUCACCAGGCAGCUGUUGCCACAUUUUUGACUCUUUGGUUUCUCUGAAGCUUCCUUACAUUGCAUGCUGACCACAGGAGGGGAAGGGAGCAGAGGUGGCCUCCACUCGGAUGGAGGAACAUGGCCCUUGUCAAGUACUGUGGGAAGGAGUUUGGCUGUACAUUUUGUUUCAGACACCUGUGUUAAACUAGAAUUGAUUGACCAGAGACAAAUAAGAAGCACUGUGGGUCUUAGGCUUCAGCUGGUGCAGAAUUCUGGCCCACUGACAGCUGCUAUCAUAGGUGUUACACCACUGGUUGCCUGAAGUCUCUGGUGUGCUGAGCCCUCAUGAUGGCAAAGUGUGACUGGCAAGUAGUACCAUGAGCAUGAUGUGAAACACAUUAGACUCUGAGUGAGCCUCUUACAACAUAUAGUCUGGUCUGUACUGUCUGAGUCAUGUUGAUUUGCAGAUAUGUGAUAUGAGUGAUGCUCAUCCUACGGACAUCCUAUGGAAAAUCUUUGUUUAAAAAUAUAUAUUCUGCUUUGUGCGUGUAACCAAGCUGGACAGAAAGGAAGUGUGCCCCUGAUGUUUACAUGAUUAUGUGUAAUGCUCCUCUCUCAAAUGUUACCAUAUGCCUUAUGUGUUUCAAAUGGUAAUUAAAAGCAUAACAAAACCGUC